AUGUCUGUUACCGCCAACCCAAAGCUCCUCCUUUCCAAGACCGAGGAAUGGGCCAGCUGGUUCAGCACAUUCAAACGCAAUGCCGAGACCACUGACGUUUGGAAAUUCGUCAAUCCCGGUCCCUUUGCAGAAGAUCAGAUGGUUCCAACGCUUGAGAAGCCAUCUGAGGUGACGUACGAUGGAGAAGUUGCCCGAUUGGCAGCUAGAGGUGAUGGUCAGGAAACCAUCAAGGAUCUCAACGAGGCCCAGCUCAAGGUCUUCGUCAUUCGACAGGGAGAGUAUAAAACGAAAAUGACUCAAUACCUCUCCGACCGCAAGUCAUAUAGUGACCUCAUGACUUGGGUCCAUCAGACGGUUGACCUAGCUCUCAUCAAGUUCCUCCCGGAAACGGCCAACCUUCGCGAUAUCAUCAUCAAACUCAAGGAGCUCGUAGGCGUUACCGAAGCCUACAAGAUCGAGCUAGCUAGACUAGCAUAUCGCAAGGCCCUUCACACCAACCGACGCACGAGCCCGGUCGAUUGGUACAAUCAGUGGGAACUGGCUUAUAGAGAAGGAGAGAAGCUGGAGAUCUUCGAAGUUGAGGGGGAUAUCGCCAUAGGGGAUUUCUUGGAAGCAGUCAAGACUUUCGACCUGGAAUGGGCGAAGAGGUAUAAGGACGACCUACGCAAGGAUCAACGCGCCACUGGCAAAUCGUCAAUGACUCUAUUGGAAGUGGGCAAGCAGUUCCUUGAUGCUGCCCGCGACAACGUCAGAGAUAAGCCAUCAUCAGGGGCGUUUUCAACGACAAAUCCUUCCUCUUCGUCAGAAAAGGGACAUGAUUGCCCAUGCGGCCUCGCUAAGAAUCGGCACUUUUGGGCACCAACGGACUGCACGGCUCUCCAUGUUGCCGUCAAUGGGAUCGCCAAUUCGACCCGCCCGGUUCGAGAAGACCGCAUGAAGAAGGCCAAAGCCGCGAUGACAGCGUCGAAGUGGAAGACUCUUAUCGAGGCGGUAAAGGCAGCGAAGCCAGCCUCAGGGGGUGCAGACUCGUCGUGGCCUCCACCAAUGGCCCAAAUGGUCAUUGAUCAGUCAACCCCUGAAGGGCGGCAGCUGCUGGCCUUUUCGACUAUGCCUCAAGCCCACCCACUCCGCGAUUCGACGCUUCUCGAUAAUUGCGCCAGCACGCACGUUGUCAACAACAGAGAUCUUCUCGUGGAUGUCCACCCGGCCAGCGCCUCUGAUGUCGUUUUAGUCGGUGAUACGGCUCUCCAAGUCGUGUGCCGAGGAAAGCGCAUCAUGAGGAAUGCCUUUAACGGCCCUGGCGGACGAAACACACGAGAUUUGGUCCUCAACAACGUCGCCUUCGUGCCGGGAUUCCAUACUAACCUGAUCAGCGGCAACGAGCUUCGGGCCCUUGGCUAUUGGUCGUGCACCCUCGACGACACGCUGCGCUUUGGGACGAUGGCCAGCAACAAGAUCAUGAUGAAUAUGUCCAGCAAGUCCAACAACGGUUCAGUGCAUUGGCGGAAUGAUGUUCUCAUGGACGAUGGCGUCAAAAACCGAGAUGGAUAA